AUGGUGUGGUCGAAACUGGAGUGCGACCCCACGUCGAGCACCAAGAAACCGGAUCCAAACAAUCCUGAGUCAUAUUUGUACUGCAAUCUUGAAGGCACAUUUUCAAAACGAAAAUGUCUUCAAGGCAAGAUUUUUAAUGUGGAGACCGGUGCAUGUGAAUCGGCUCUGAAAUCAGACAUCGCUAAUGACGAUCCGUUUUCACAACCUUUCUAUCAAGCGCCAGAUGAUCUCUGUGGAUCCGGAAUACCUCUCACAAUCCUUUCAGCACCGGUUGUGUGUAAUCCAAGCAUAAGCAGUUGUCCUGAUGGUUAUAUCUGCCGCAUGUACGAACGCACUGGGACGUCUUACUGUUGUCAAGGCUCAUCACCGCCGGUUGAUAAUGCAAGUUGUAGCCAAGGACAAGUCGCUUACUUUGAGCCUAAUGGUAAACCUCGAUCAUGUGUGCUUUCUUCACCAUCGUCAUGUCCAACUGGAUUCAGAUGUACACUGGUUGGUGGCACAACUACAAGGUGCUGCGGAAAAGAUAUCGGCUGCCCAUAUAACUCGGCGCCUUUGCUUCAUCCAAGCACAGGUUCAACGGUUGAAUGCUCACCGUCGAAAAGAAG